CCACAAGAAUCAUCUCCGUGGUGGGCCAGAGGAAGCGAAACGAAAGACCAAGAUGCACACGCUCCCUUCGGACGUGGUGACCCCUCCAGAAAAUGUCGCCCAGACCACGGCGUCACAACCACCUCUUUCACCUUCCAAGACCACCAUCAUAGGUCUCUCGGGACCUUCCAGUAGUGGGAAAACCACACUGGGGAGAUUAUUGAGAAGUAUAUUCAAUGUCGUCGUCGUCGUUGGACCGGAAGGGGCUGGAACCGGGCAGCAAAGCGAAGACGAGCAAAACAAAAGAGAGUACAGAUUGAGUCUGUUUAUUUUGCACCAAGAUGAUUUUUACAAGACCGAUAAAGAUGUACCAUGGGUGACCAUAUCGUCGACCAAAUACGGGGUCCGGAAAGAUCAAGACUGGGAUUGUGUAGGGUCACUCGACCUGCCACUGUUUCGACGUACAUUGACCCACGUACGUGAUUUCGGUACCCUACCACCUGACAAUGUCAGCAUGGAAGAUCAAAAUUCCGUGGGCGACGUGCACGUCACGACGGACCAAGUGGAAGGUCUCCAGAAGAGAGUCAAGUCGUGGUUUGAAAGAUUGAUCAGGGAGAGUCGGACUACUGGUGGUGGUGGUACCACCACCACCACGAAGGAAUUCCCGAGGGAAAUUCGAAUUUGUCUAUUGGAAGGGUUUUUAUUGUUCCCUCCAUCUCCCACGGCCACUCCGGCAAAGGAUUUCACCACCGCAGCGACGAGCGGCCUGGCCGGCGAUGAGACCGUCGAUCUUGCCCGACUUUCUGAUCUGAUGAGUGGGAUUUUGAACUCGAAAUUGUUUUUACCUUGUACGAAGAGACAAAUGAUGGAAAGGAGGGAAAGGAGGACGGGUUACGUCACCCUGGAAGGUUUCUGGAAGGAUCCUCCCGGUUACGUCGAAGAUUUGGUCUGGGUGAAUUAUAAAAGGUAUCACGGUUGGAUGUAUCGAGACCACGACACCGAAAAGGAUCAAGAGCAGGAGAAGGAAGACGAAGAAUUUGACGAGGAAAAGUGUAGACGACAAGGGGUGGAAUUGUUUUUACAACAAGACGGACAAAAAGUCGGUCAGGGUACCAUGAAGGAAUGUUUGGAAUGGGGUGUUGAAAGGGUAGAGGAGGCAGUUAUGAAAUUGAUUUGAUGAUGAUGAUGAUAAAGGUAUAUAAAGAGUAUGAGUAUGAGAUGUGUAUAUAUAUCUAUG